AUGGGCCACCCCCUUCCAAGAGCGAGGCAAGAGCGAGGCAAGAGCGAGGGCACCCAAACCACCCACGGGUCUACAGUGGGUACGCGACACAUCCACCGCUCCAAACCCCACACGCCCCUGAGCGCGGUGCCCCUGUGCGUGGCUACCAACCACCACCUGCCUCCAUUGGACAGUUUGGACCUCGUCUCUCUGCGUCGACGCUGGGCCACGCCCCCCGGCCCCCCAGCAACUGCUGGACCUCCUCCUUUUUCGUCUCCAUUACCUCUGGCGAUUCCCUUCACCUUUCUGCAUCUUCAUCGUGCCGUCUACUUCGUCCAACUGAGAGUCUUUUGCUCUCUACCACACUCCUUUAACCAGGCCUGCUCGGUCCGCAGUCCUGUGAGGCAUUUUUAUCAUCAUGAAGACUUUCGUCCAGUUGACCCUUGCGGUCACCCUUGCCGCGAUGCUACCAAUGUCGACAAGCGCGAACCCGAUGUCGUGACCAAGGUUGUUGCUGGUCCUACCAUGGUCGUCUACCAGCUCAACGACAAAAUCGUCAACGCCGACGAGGCGAAGAAGGGCCUUGACAACGGCGAGUACGUAGUCGUUGGCGAGUCCCUCCCAACUUUCACUCCUCCCCCGGCCCCUUCCACCACCAAGGACCUCGGCGCCCAGUUUAUCGAGUCCAAGUCUACCACGACUACGACCACGACCACGACCACCCCGCCUCCUCCUCCCCCGACUACUACGUCGACCCCGCCGCCUCCUCCUCCUAGCUCCACUGCUCAGGCUCCUGUCGCCAACGCUGCCGCUAGCAGCGAUGCCGAUGAAAGCAGCAGCAGCUCGGGUGGCGAGGACAUCGACUUCCCCAGCGGCAAAGUCAAAUGCUCCGAGUUCCCUUCCAAGUAUGGCGCUGUGGCUGUCCCCUGGAUGGGGCUUCGUGGCUGGGCCGGUGCCCAGAAGGUCGCCAACUACCCCGACGCUCUGAGCUUCGACAACAUCGUUGACGCUAUUGCUGGCCAAGGCUGCAGCCCGGGUGACAUGUGCUCGUACGCUUGCAAGCCUGGUUACCAAAAGAGCCAGUGGCCGAAAGCCCAGGGCGCUACCGGCCAGUCGGUUGGCGGCCUCUACUGCAACUCUGAUGGCUACCUGGAACUCACUCGUCCCAGCGUUAAGCAGAUUUGCACUGCCGGCGAAGGCGGUGUCUCUAUCAAGAACGAUCUCGAUGAAGUUGUCGCCACCUGCCGCACCAGCUACCCGGGUAGCGAGAACAUGAACAUCCCCACUGUUGCCGAGCCUGGUCAGACUGUUCCUCUUACCAACCCCAGCCAGUCCGGAUACUACCAGUGGAAAAACAUGAAGACCUCGGCCCAGUACUACAUCAACCCCAAGGGCGUGGCUGCUGAAGACGCCUGUAUCUGGAAGAGCCCUGUCUCCCCCAACGACCGUGGCAACUGGGCCGCCGUCAUUGCUGGUGUCGGCAUGGCUGACGACGGCGUCACUUACAUUUCCCUCUUCUUAAACAAGCCUACCUCCUCCGCCCAGCCCGACUUCAACAUGGAGAUUAUUGGUGGCAACAGCAAAUGUGGUUACCACAAUGGCCAGUGGACUGGUGGCACCGACGGUUGCACCACCGGUGUUGCUAAGGGCCAGACUGCCACCAUCCGCUACUACUAA